UGAUUAAAAGGCAAUGUUUUUGUUUUGAUUUGAUGGAAGUGCCAGCGAAGAGAAAUACUAAAUUUUAAUAAAUUUUUAAUACUAAAUUUUCUGGUGUGCCCUGGGUGUGAUAAAGUUUAUUAUUAAAAAAUGUAAUAAGUUUGGAAUCUUAAAGUAUUUUUAAUUAUGAGUUUCAUAAAGCUUUGAAUGUCAAAUACUUAAAAUUUAUUAUGCUCGUUAGUUAAGAAUGGUUUAUUAGAAAACAGUAAAGAUGGAAAAAACAAAGUCAGAAUUUCCAUUAGAUCUAGAAAAAACCUCUGAAGAAGUAUCAUUUGCUGACUCAUUAUUAUUUGGUGAUGAUUCUUAUGUAAAUGAUGAAUCAAACUUUGAAGAAGUGGAUGUCCAUAUACAAGAAAACUUAGAAGAUGAUUUUAUUAAAGAAGCCCUUAAAUCUGGUAUGGAUUUAAGGCAAUAUUCAAAACAGAUUGAGAAAGAACUGAAAGACGUUGAAAAUGCAUCCAUUCAAGAUUAUAUCCAAGAAAGUCAAAAUAUUGCUAGUCUUCAUAAUCAAAUUACUGCUUGUGAUGAAAUUCUUGAGAGAAUGGAGCAAAUGCUACGAUUGUUUCAAACUGACCUAGGUAGCAUAAGUAAAGAAAUUCUAACUUUGCAGCAACAGUCAGUAUCUAUGAAUAUUCGACUCAAGAAUCGUCAAGCAAUCAGAGGAGAAUUAAGCCAAUUUGUGGAUGAUAUGAUAGUUCAAGAUAAUUUAAUUCAGCAUAUCAUUGAAUCACCAGUUACUGAUAAAGAAUUUUUAGAAGAUCUGCAGAUUCUAGAUCAUAAAAUUGCAUUUGUUAAGGAGCAGUCAUUUAAAGAUGCAAAAUGUUGCCAAGAUGUUAAAGAUGUGCUAGAGAAACUAAAAAUAAAAGCAAUUACAAAAAUACGUGAAUUUUUGUUGCAAAAGAUUUAUUCAUUUCGGAAGCCAAUGACAAAUUAUCAAAUUCCCCAAAAUGCAUUGCUGAAGUACAAGUUCUUUUAUCAAUUUCUUAUGACACACGAACGGGACAUUGCUCGUGAGGUUAGAGAAGAAUAUUUGGAUACAAUGAGCAAGAUUUUAUUUUCUUAUUUCAAAAUGUAUACAAGUCGUCUAAUGAAACUACAAUUUGAGGAGUUAGCUGAUCGUGAUGAUUUAAUGGGAGUAGAAGAUACUGCAAAGAGAGGUAUAUUUUCAUCAAAGCCCUCUUUAAAGAAUAGGUCUACAGUUUUUACUCUUGGGAAUAGAGGCAACAUUCUUACUACUGAACUAGAAAGUCAAAUUAUUGUUCCUCAUUCAGCUCAAAAGAAUGAAACAAAAUACACAUUUGAAAGUCUGUUUAGAAGUCAACAAUUUGCUUUAGUCGAUAAUGCUUGCCGAGAAUACUUGUUUAUAUCUGAAUUCUUCAUGGUGUCAAGCAAAAGUGCCGGAGAAUUAUUUAACUCUGUGAUGUUAAAGACUCUGUCCAUGUUUUUGAAAAAUACUCAACAGUAUGUCCAAGAUUGUUAUGAUUCCAUUGCUUUGUUCUUGUGUAUCCAUGUUAUACAUAGAUAUCAAGUAUUAAUGCACAAGCGAAGUGUUCCUGCUCUUGACAAAUAUUGGGAAAACCUGUUGCAAAUGUUCUGGCCUCGCUUUGAACAUAUUUUGCAACUGAAUAUUGAAAGUAUCCGUGACUGUGACCCACAGAAGUUUUCCAAUAUUGACAAGCGCCCACAUUAUAUAACUAGGCGAUAUGCUGAGUUUUCAGCUGCAAUUGUUGGUAUUAAUGAAAACUUUCCGAGUGAAAGAGUUGCCAGACUUCUGGCUGCUUUGCAAGUGGAAGUAGAAAAUUUUAUUUUACGCAUGGCUGCAGAGUUUCCAGAUCACAAAGAUCAACUCAUCUUUCAAAUAAAUAACUAUGAUAUGAUGUUGGGCGUUCUCCUUGAAAGAACUAAGGAAGAUUCUCGUGAGUCAGAGAGUUUCAAAGAUCUCCUAAAUGCUAGAAUCCUAGAAUAUGUUGAAGAAGUUCUUUCUCCCCAUUUUGGAGGCAUGAUAGUGUUCGUAAAAGACUGUGAAAAGUAUUUAGAAAGAGGCCAGCUGGAAAAUUUGAAAGUAGAAGCAGGUAAAGUACCAUCCUUGGUGAAGUCAUUUAAUAAUGGUUGGAAAAAAGCUAUGGAAGAAAUAAAUGCUGACAUUAUGACUACCUUUACAAAUUUCAAAAAUGGGACUAAUAUAUUGCAGGCUGCCCUAACACAAUUAAUUCAGUAUUAUCACCGUUUCCAGAAGAUAGUUAAUCAACAUCCAUUCAAAAGUUUGCCCAUUCGAAGUGAGCUGCUUAACAUUCACAAUAUAAUGGUUGAGGCUAAGAAAUUUAAGACUAAUUUUUGAAUUUAUAACAAAAUUUGUGAUAAAUGGUUAUAUAUUAUGUAAUUUAUUUGUGUAAAUAGUUG